AUGGCUUCUCCGACACAAUUAUUGAAUUUUUCAUUUAUUGUCACGGCCCUCGUCCUAGGCUUCUGCGGCGCUCCCAUAUCCGCCCUUAAUGUUGGGAUUCGUGCACAUGACGAUAACCUUGAUUUCACCAGUAAAUGCAGUUCAUAUUGCGAAUCAAUGUUUUGUGAUGCUGCUCCAUUCUUGAGAUAUGGAAAGUAUUGUGGACUAAUGUACACCGGGUGCCCCGGCGAGGAGCCGUGCGAUGAGCUCGACGAUUGCUGCAUGAAACACGACGACUGUAUUACCAACAUGGGUAAUGAGUACUUGAGCCAGAAAUGCAACAAGGCGCUACUGCAAUGCUUGGCGGCGUUCAGGAAAUCACAUGCGAAUCCUUUUAAAGGUAACUCUUGCAACAUAAACGACGUCGUUCGAGUCAUUAAUGAAACCAUCUCCGCUGCCGUUACUGCUGGCAUCAUUUUGGGGAAACCCUAG